GACGCAGGGCCCCGGCAGUGGAGGGGCAGGGUGUGAGCGCGGCAACUGGACCUACGGCUGCCAGGGACUGACCGCCUCAGGCUGAGGGUGGCGGGGGAGGAGUCGUGUCCCAGCCUUUUCCUCAGCACUUGAGCGGCUGCGACCCGGGGGGAUUAAAGUCAGAGAAAAGAGCGGUCGCCUGCACAGGAUGGAGUCCGUCGCCCUGUACAGCUUCCAGGCCACGGAGAACGACGAGCUGGGCUUCACCAAGGGGGACACUCUGAAGAUCCUGAACAUGGAAGAUGACCAGAACUGGUACAAAGCCGAGCUGCGUGGCGCUGAAGGGUUCAUCCCAAAGAAUUACAUCCGGGUCAAGCCUCACCCGUGGUAUGCAGGAAGAAUUUCCAGGCAGCUGGCUGAAGAGGUCCUGCUGAAGCGAAAUCACCUGGGAGCCUUCUUGAUCCGAGAAAGCGAGAGCUCUCCAGGGGAAUUCUCCGUCUCCGUGAACUAUGGAGAUCAAGUACAGCAUUUCAAAGUGCUCCGAGAGAGGAUUGGGAAAUACUACCUUUGGGAGGAGAAGUUCAACUCCUUGAACGAGCUGGUGGAUUUCUACAGGACCACUACCAUCGCCAAAAAGAAACAGAUCUUCCUAAGAGACGAGGAACAGAAGCCUGAGCCGAAAGCCAAGUACGUCCAGGCUCAGUUUGACUUCUCCGCCCAGGACCCUUCCCAGCUGAACUUCUACCGGGGCGACAUCAUAGAGGUGCUGGACCGCUCCGACCCAAACUGGUGGAAGGGGAAACUCUGCAGCCGCAUCGGCUUCUUCCCGCGAAACUACGUCCAGCCCGUCCACAUGUGACCGGCCCCGGCGGCUCGGGACCCCGGCUCCCCGGGGCUGGGAGUCCCGUGGGAAUCCUGAGAAGUCACCCCCGGCGUGAGACGCGGGACCUUUCUGGUUUCCUGCCGUGGAAGGCGGGGGAUGUGCUCUGGAGGUAUCCCGGGUUCACCGGGAACUGUCUCACUCUGUGAUCAGCUUCUCCCUCCCUCCAUUUCCAGAGGGGGCCUGGGCCUCGAUGCAGCUUGGAUGCUUACGUGGACUCUGCGGGGGAAGUCAGGACUGUCUGAUUCCCUCUGCUUUUCCAAAUGGCCAGAUUCCCUCGGUCUGGGAGGGGCCAGAGACGCCACUGAGGGACCGCGGUACACAUCUCCCGCCGGUCCUGCCGCCACCGCCAUCCCUGGGGGAAUAACUCUCCUGCUGAUCGGGUCCGACCUCGGGCUCCGGCUCCGCCUCGGGAUCUCUAUCAGCCGUGACAUUUGUUCCCCACCUCGAUCUGAGGUUCCCCCGGACCCUCUGUGUUUGUUGUGUGGCUUCCCCUGCAGAAACCGAGAGAGGCUGUGGAAACCAGACGUACCCAUCGAUACGCUGCAUUCUGACGCAACGGCCCACGGCCCUCUGCAAAGGCAGGAGGCAAGUCUUGUUAACCUAAAAGCCAAAUGCCUGAGAAGGGGUGGUGUGGAAUAAAAAGACUCCCACAAGACA